UGUCAUCUAAUGGACAUUUAUAUAUAGGUCACACCUUCACCUGUUCAAAUACGUUCCGUAAGCACCAAGACUCGACGAUAAAUCAACAUUCAAGAAAACAUAGCAAACGAUUAAUCCAAAUGGCAAGAAACCAAGGCUUGUGGCUCUUCGUGGCGGCGGUUGUGGCCGUAGCAUUGUUACCCGCACCGACAAUGGCGGGACGUCUAGAGCUAAGGAACGAGAUCGAAGGGGUCGCCGUCCGGAAAGCGAAGCUGUCCAUGCGGUGCUGGUCGAACGAGGACGACCUCGGGUGGGACGUGAUAAAGCCAAUGGAGUCACGGCUGUGGAAGUUCACGACAAUGAACAUGUGGCCGUUUCAGAAGACUGAGUUUCGGUGCCAGUUUCGAAGCGGGUUUGGAACAACGAACCAAGAAGUGGUGACCGUGUUCUCUGUCAAAAGCGGGUUUCGGAGGGAGUGCGGAUUCUUAGGAGACGAGUGCACUUGGGUAGCGAAGAGAGAUGGGUUCUAUCUGAGGAAGGUCAUAAAGGACAAGGAUGAUACUAAGACCUUUGUUGAUAUCCUCAAAAGCAAAUGGGUUUGGAAAUGGUGA